AGUCUGUCGGAGUCUUAUCGAGCAGAGUUCGUGUUGGGACUUCACCGAGACCCUCUCUUCUCGCGACCCAAACUCUCAUUAGACAUCCUUAUCGGCUCUCCAAUCCACCCGUUCACUACAGUCACACAUCAAUUCUGUUAGCAGAUACAUAGUGACGACACACAUCGAUGGUAAAACUAGAGGUCACGCCGCUAAUACGAGAGGCCAUCGAGCUCUACAACGCGAAGCUCGGAGAGGACGAAGAGAAGAGAAAGAUCGAUCCCGCGGCUGCGUUUGUGACGCAUAAUUCGCUGGCUAGGAUAGCUAUUGAGCUCAAUCAGGAUGAGAAAUACUCUCUCGGGAAACUUGUGUCUGGUUCGGGAGUGUAUCUGCCACCGAAACCAGAAAAGAAAGUUGACCCUGAAUACGAAGCCCGGAUGAAUCGACUACGGAUCAGUCUACAAGAACAAGAAUACCAAAGCAUGAUCGCGUCCACGGUCCCCGAAUUAGCAACCCCAUUCUACGAAUCCUUCAACACAAAGGAACUCAAGCACCAACUCUCAGUCAUCAUCAACAUCCUCUUCUCCGUGAUGUCGGUCGCGGUCGCAGUCUGGAUGUGGGCAGGCGCGAACCACUCAACAGGACGAAGGCUGCUCUUGUCUAUAUUCUCGGGACUUAUUGUGCUGAUCGCUGAGGUGACGCUGUAUAUUGGAUAUCAGCAGCGCAUGGAAGACGCGCGGAACGAAGAGAGAAUGAAGAAGGAGAUCAAGACGGUGAUUAAGCAUGAAGAGAUUCUGCCCAGGUCUCUCACAGAGAAGAAAGAAGACUAGAGAAGGAGGU